AUGUCUGCCAAGAGGAAACUGUGUUUAUCUACUCCUCAACAUGCCAAGAAGGAAAGGAAGGCCAUUGACUUGGACACAAAAAUGACAGUGAUUAAGCAGUUCGAAGAAGGGAAGAAAGUGAAUGUGAUCGCACGUGAUAUGAAGUUAUCUCAUUCUACUGUGUCCACGAUUCUUAAGGAUAAGGAAAGGAUUCGUGAUGCUGUGAAAGGUUCUGCACCCAUGCGAUCGACAGUGAUUACGAUACAACGCACUGGCCCCAUCCAUGAAAUGGAAAAAUUAUUGCAUGUUUGGAUGGAAGAUCAAAUCCAAAAAAGGACACCGUUAAGCCUUUUUACUGUGCAGAUGAAGGCUAGAAGUCUGUUUCAGACUUUGAAGGAACGUGCUGGAGUAGAGUAUAAGCAAGAAUUUUUGGCAAGCGUUGGCUGGUUCAAGAGGUUCAAAAAACGAUUCCAGCUGCAUAGUGUUCGAGUGACUGGAGAAGCAGCGAGUGCGGAUGAGGAAGGAGCUAGCAAGUUUGUCGACAGUCUCGAUGAAAUGAUUACGGAUGAGGAAUAUCUUCCAGAACAAAUAUUUAAUGUUGAUGAAACAGGUUUGUUCUGGAAACGAAUGCCAGAACGCACUUACAUCCAUAAGGAAGCCAGUAGCAUGCCAGAAUUUAAAGCUUUUAAGGAUAGGCUGACUCUCUUGGUGGGAAUGUCGCGGGGUUCAAGCUGA